CAUAGUCAAUUUGAGCAAGUAGAAAGGUGAAAUAAAAAUAUUAAAAUACAAAAAAUUUAAACUUUCAAAUUUUUUCACCCGAUAAUUUGGAGGGAUGGUAGAAUCGUCAAAAAACCACCAACCUGGUCGUCCUCUUGUCGGGUCGGUAGAUGGACGAUUUUUAAGCAGCUUUAUUAAACAGCUCCUAUACUACUCUCGUCUCCUGAUAAACUCACAUCGAGAGAAAAUUAAUUUACAAAUUGAAUUGAUGAUAUCGAUGUCGCCAUAGUCCGAGCCAUCGCGAUAUUAAACAUGUUUUAAAUUCAUUAUGCUCAGAAUUAUUGUGUGACUAAACGGGUUCUUUCAUCACGGUAAUAAUAUAAUAUAAUUGUAUUGAGAAAUUGUGAUAAAAAAGCUAACUUUUUUUUUUUAGUUUUUAAACAAUGGGUUCUAAUGUGUUUGGUUAAAUUAAAAAAAAUUAAAUAUAGGUGAACAAUAAUAAAUAUCUGGCGUAUAGGAAAUUUUGUGGAGUGGUGGUCGGUGUGCGGUGGGGCGGUCGCCGUUCCGUUUUUAGAAAUCGAUUACGUCACGGCUCGCUUCGCGGACUGCGCUCUGCACUCUGCAGUUUGUUUAUAGUUUAUCCCGAAUUCCCGAUCCCCAGCCUCCGUCAGCGAGUCGCGAGCGAUCGCCCGUCACUUUUUCUCCUGUCUUUGCUGCGGAUCCGACGGGCUUUCCUUCCGUCUCUCACUCGACGACCGACAGCCUACCCGAUGUUAUUGAAGAUGUCAUACAACAACUUCUACGCCUCUUCCAACCACACCAACGAUGAGUACGAGUUUUACGAUGAGAACGACGACCUGGACGAAGAAGGCGACGCGGAACAGGACGAAUCCGACGAAGAUACUGAAGAAGCGAGUGAGACAGAGCUGAGGAAGUCAGAUUCUUAUCGUGAAGUCCCUGAUGUGAAAGACCAAAUAUAUCAAGAGAAACACAGACUUUUCAGGUAUCAGCUACAGCAGCUCCAUGAAGGCACAUAUCCUGAAUAUUUGAGACGGCUGAAAAGAUUAGAACAACAAUUUAAAGAGAGAAUUCAGUUGAACAAAUCGUGGAGGGAACAUCUGAUAGAGCUAACUGAAAAAGACUACAUUUCUGAGAAAAGGUCAGCGGCCAAAGAGUUUGAUGAAAGGAGUAUCGAACUGAAGGAAAAUCUCAUUCAGGAUAUGGAUGAAAAAAAGAAAAUUGUUGAAUCGGAAAGGGUCUCAAUGGAAUUAUCAGGCGAUUCUACUGAGGCUAAACCAGCCAUGACACGGAAAUUGAGAAGGAGGCCGAACGACCCGGCUCCCAUUCCUGAAAAAAGGCGCGGCAAACUUACAUCUCUCCCUUCGCAGAUCAGUUACUUGCUUGACGAAAAAGAAAUUGAGAGCGAUUUGAAAGCAAUUAGCAGAGGGAUCAAGAGCGGAGUUUCUGUUAGAAAACCAGCGAAUGGUUUGCAAGCUCUUGGGCCAAUUAUCCCAGAUCCUCCGACAUCGGAAAUAAGAAUUGAAGAUGGGAAGCUCCUGUAUGAAAAAAAAUGGUUCCACCGCGGUCAAACUGUUUUUGUCGAAGGAAAGGAUAUGCCCAAAUUCCCUGCCAUUAUUUCUGCCAUCGGAUCAGAGGCGAUAUCUGUGAAGAAAACGAUUGAUUCUUCCAAAGUUAAAAUAUAUAUGAAUCAGCUAGUCCGAGGAAAAAUAAUUAUUAAGCGUAGAGCAUCGUAAUUGAGGUAUAACCAAUUGAAAUGAUAAAAUUUCAACCAUCUUGACAUAAGUGUGGAACUUUGUAAAUAUGUAUGUAAUGAAAUGUACAUAAAUCCAUUUGUUGUAUGUAUUAUUUUUUUAAAUAUAUAAAAGACUAUUUUUUCA